GAUUGCCAUGUUGGGUGCCAUUUGGUUGCUGGUGCUGGCAGACGUCCAAGACUUUGAGAUAAUACUGCACAGAGUAGAAUGGGCAACGCUGCUUUUCUUUGCUGCACUAUUUGUCCUGAUGGAGGCACUGGCCAACUUGCAAUUGAUUGACUACAUCGGAGAACAGACUGCCCUUCUGAUAAAGUCCGUUCCAGAAGACCAACGGCUUGCAGUCGCCCUAAUCCUAAUCAUUUGGGUCAGUGCCCUGGCAAGUUCCCUGAUAGAUAAUAUUCCUUUCACAACAACCAUGAUUCCUGUGCUGCUAAAUCUGAGCCAGGCUGCUGAUGUAAACCUGCCAGUGAAACCUCUGAUUUUUGCCCUGGCGAUGGGAGCAUGUCUGGGAGGCAAUGGUACAUUGAUUGGAGCUUCAGCCAACGUAGUGUGUGCAGGGAUAGCAGAACAACAUGGCUAUGGCUUUUCCUUCAUGGCCUUUUUCAGGUUGGGGUUUCCAAUGAUGCUCGUCUCCACCACUAUCGGGAUGUGCUACCUCCUGGUCAUUCACGUUGUGCUGGGAUGGAACCAGUGACCUGGCCUUGAAAGAUGAAAGGGACCAUCGCCUGUGUACGCCACACCUUAUCUUCAACAGUUAAUGAAUCAGGAAAAAACUGGGAUGUCAGAGCGAAGAGAACUUGCCAAUAAAUCCACCACCUGUAGCCUCUGACAGGUGACAACCGUGACAAGGGAAUCUAUUACAUAAAAAGCACAUUUUUCUAAAACGUUUCAAAUGAUGUGUUUACAUUGGGGCAAACAAACCACUGUGGCCAUUUCAGACUGGAACCACAGAUCCUUUCAGCGAAUAUCCAGGCAGAUAGCAAUACAUUUCACUGGUUGCUCCGUUGAGCAGCCACUGGAGUUUAUCUUGAUAUGUCAAAUUAUUGAUAGUAAAAAAAAAUGAGUGUAUUCUCAAAAAUGUAAUAAAAUAU